UUAGCCAGAGCCACAUCAGAUGAAGUCCUUCAGAGUGAUCUUUCUGCACAUUACAUCCCAAAGGAAACGGAUGGCACAGAAGGAACUGUGGAGAUUGAGACAGUGAAAUUGGCCCGUUCUGUCUUCAGCAAACUACAUGAGAUUUGCUGCAGCUGGGUGAAAGACUUCCCUCUCCGCAGGAGACCCCAGCUUUAUUAUGAGACAUCAAUCCAUGCCAUCAAAAACAUGCGCAGGAAAAUGGAGGACAAACAUGUCUGCAUUCCUGACUUUAAUAUGCUCUUCAACCUAGAGGACCAGGAAGAACAAGCUUACUUUGCAGUGUUUGAUGGCCACGGAGGAGUGGAUGCUGCCAUUUAUGCCUCCAUUCACCUGCAUGUUAACUUGGUACACCAGGAGAUGUUCCCCCAUGAUCCUGCUGAAGCCUUGUGCCGGGCCUUUCGGGUCACUGAUGAACGGUUUGUACAGAAAGCAGCCAGGGAGAGCUUAAGAUGUGGGACCACAGGAGUGGUGACUUUUAUCAGAGGCAACAUGCUACAUGUAGCCUGGGUGGGUGAUUCCCAGGUUAUGCUUGUGAGAAAGGGCCAAGCUGUUGAACUAAUGAAGCCACACAAACCAGACAGAGAAGAUGAAAAGCAGCGAAUUGAGGCCCUGGGAGGUUGUGUAGUCUGGUUUGGUGCCUGGCGAGUGAAUGGAAGUCUAUCAGUCUCCAGAGCUAUUGGAGAUGCUGAACAUAAGCCAUAUAUCUGUGGGGAUGCAGAUUCCGCCUCUACUGUGUUGGAUGGAACUGAAGACUACCUCAUUCUGGCCUGCGAUGGCUUCUAUGACACCGUGAACCCUGAUGAGGCAGUGAAAGUUGUAUCUGAUCACUUGAAGGAGAAUAAUGGAGACAGCAGCAUGGUUGCCCACAAAUUAGUGGCGUCAGCUCGUGAUGCUGGGUCAAGUGAUAACAUCACAGUUAUUGUGGUUUUCCUGAGGGACAUGAACAAAGCUGAAAAUGUUAGUGAGGAAUCAGACUGGACAGAGAACUCCUUUCAAGGAGGGCAAGAAGAUGGUGGGGAUGAUAAGGAAAAUCAUGGAGAGUGCAAACGCCCUUGGCCUCAGCACCAGUGCUCAGCACCAGCCGACCUAGGUUAUGAUGGGCGUGUGGAUUCAUUCACUGACAGAACUAGCCUGAGCCCAGGGUCCCAAAUCAACGUGCUGGAAGACCCAGGCUACCUAGAUCUCACACAAGUAGAAGCAAGCAAACCUCACAGUGCUCAGUUUUUGCCACCAGUUGAGAUGUUUGGUCCUGGUGCACCAAAGAAAGCAAAUCUCAUUAAUGAGCUAAUAAUGGAGAAAGAAUCAGUUCAGUCAUCAUUGUCUGAAUGGAGUGGUGCUGGAGAGUUUCCCUCUUCCUUUAAUUUGGGUUCAACAGGGCAGCAGAUACACAGAAUGGAGAGUGUCUCCCCUGUCUGUCCUAGUUUCAAGUCAGAAGCACAUCUUCAACUAAAGACAGCAAAUAGAGUAAUAAUCAGAUUCAUUCAAUGAAGCAGCCUGAUUCUGAGAAUCAUGAAUGUCUCCACAUGACAUGUUACCCUCCCCUAGUCAACUGUGGACCAGACAAGCCAAUGGACAGGAGGUACCUGCUAUAGUGCUCAUCACUCGUACUAUGAGAUACUGGAUACUCUUGCUGAGAAGCGUCCAAUGCCUAACCAUGUUUGUACAUAAUGCAAUUACUUUAUGUUCUCCAGAUCCACAAUGGAGGAGUCAGAUCCCUGGAUUUUAAAAUCAGAUACUUUGGGUAAAAACGGCUUCACUUUAGUGAUGAUCACAUCAUUAAUUUACAGAUUUUAUUUUAAAAAAUUGAAUGUAAUUAGACAUUUUCAGUAUUUGUUUUCCCUUGGUUUGAAGUCAUUCUUUUCUCGAGGCUUGUGACCAGAAUCUCACCAGCCUGGUAUUUUUAACCCCCACCCCCCCAUGCACCUCACUCACAUCUUUCAUUUUCUCAAGCCUAGAUCUUGUUAACAACCCAUCAGGUGCAGUAUCAGUUUCGAAUCCAAUUAUCUAAGGAGAUAAGAAAACAGAGGCAGCAGAAUAUUGGUAUGUUAUAGUCCAGCAUUUAGCUAAGUUAAAAAAGAAAUUAAGAUUUUUCUAUAAUUAAUGUUUUGAUCAGAAUAAAGCUGGUGAGAGGAAAUAAGGUACAAGUGAUAGUUUUUUUCAGUGGGGGAAAAUGGUUGGAUGAAAUUGGGAUGAGCACAGACCACAUCUUCAGGGGUCUGGAUCUUGUAGGUUUGACUACAUAAGCAGUGUUAACUCCAUUUUCAUACCAGUAGCCCUCUAGAAAAUAAAGCAAAGUAGUUCUAGUAUGAUCAAGUUAUGAAACAGUAUUGUAAAAAAUAGCAAAUUUUCAUUUGUCCACAUGCAUAUUUAUAGAGUAGUUAGGUACCAUUUGUAAGGUAAGUCCUUUAAAAUUCUAUAAUACAUAUUAAAGUAGUGGUUAUUGGUCUGAUAUAUGCUGCUCUUGGUUCUAUAAACCAGAUAAAAGCAGUGCUUUGUGGAGUGCAGUGUUAUAUCUUAAUGCCACUGGUGAUAGAAAGUAGUUCCCUUCGGUUCAAAUCCUGUGCCCUUAUUUGCUGCUUGCUGAUGUGAGCAAUAAGUAUCCUCUAACUAAUGGUUUUUACACAUUUCUGUAACUUGUAUUUUAAGAUGGUGUAUCUGGUGAUUGUAAAAAUAUUAGAUAGAUAUAAAAGUAUCUAUAUAAUAUAUAUUAACUGUUAAUGCUGAGGUAUAGUCUGUGAACUCUGUGUUUUGUACUUUUACUCACUGUGUAAUUUAGUGGUGGUGAAAGUUCUACACUCAGUCUUUAAGAGUGGCAGUAUCCCUUUUUGAAUUUAACAUGAUCUGCAUCAAUUUGUUUGCCUGCUAAAGUUUUGUUAGAAUAGGAAAUAGUAUAACAGUGUAAACAAGAAAGUAUAGUAUUGGUUAGGGAAACAGACUUCAAGUCACCAACUAAAGUGAUUAUAAAUGCCUGUACAUUCACUGUGAGUUUCAAAGGGAAUCACCCUAAUUUGUUCACUUUCUGGAUGUGUACUGUUGAGAGAGAGCUGAUGUUAAGCAGCACUAUCACAUCAAACACUGGGGCUCUCCGUACCAGUUAGGUCUCUACUAGAGGACGGUGGAAAUACACAUGUAUAUACCUUUACUUUGCCUAAAAAUGCCAUCCAUUGUCCUCCAAUUAAUAAAAUUAAAGUUACUGUUACUGUUUUAUUUAAGAGGAUGUUGAAAGUAACACCUUUUCCAAGGACAGUGUCAGCAACAUCAAUGUCAAUAUUGAGCCUGACCAUUUAUAGUGGUACAACGUCCACAUGGUGGUAUGGUGCAUCUCCCUGAUUAUCACAUUCCAUUUUGGAACACUGUGCCAGUAAGAAGUGCAACAUCCAAUGGGCAGAUGAAAACGAUACAGAAAGUUCAGUGUUACAGAUAAAACUGCUGUGGUUCAAGCACUUCCUUCCCCAUCAGAGGCUGGCCAAGGCUUUGUAAGAAAGUGAUCUAAAUAAUUAUUUUGAUGUUUAAACAUAAUUUGUUCACUCAAUGGUCAUUCUCACCUAAGCAAGGCCAUAAAAGGUGAUAGAUACCCACCAACUCUUCUAUUCCGACCUGUGAAUAGCUAGAUGUUUUCAAAACAAGAUACCACCAGUAUUAUAACACAACUAUUUUCCAGAUAAAUGGUACUGUGUUGAAAAACAAUUACUUCCUCUAGCAGCAUUUUAUCUUCUGUUUUGAAGAUUAUUUAUUGUACUAAUUAGGAAAUAUGAAAUAAGAUAGGGAGCUCCAGACUGACACAGCAGUUGUUCUGGAAAAGGAACUACUCUAGUAAACUCUGAUGUAUUGGAUAACCCACAGAUGUAUCAUCAGUAACCUACUCUGGGUGCUCUUUGGUGAGAGACAGGCUUUGUCCUCUUGUUCAUGACAUUUCUCUACAAAGAAAUUCUCUAUGGAGCGAAGCAAAUGAAGUAAACAUUUCUUACCAAGUAAAUUUAUCAACUUAAGAACCUGCUCUACAUCUCACUCUUGAGUUCAGUUGCAAUCACCAGUGAUCCUUCAUACUUUAUUUAUUAAAACUGUUCAUUCAGGUGAGAAGUAUGUUGAAAUUUUGCCAAUAUCUUAAUAAAACCCAGCAAUAUAAAA